CUUUGUCUCUAUAAUCCUGUUCAGUGUCCAGUUUGUUGUCCUUCCCCCGCACCGCCGAUGAGCACGGUUGGCUACGUACGGUGCGAAAGAAGUUCAACACACACACACCUUGUCCAUCUCUACCCGCAGCCUUGGCCCAGCGUGUCCAACGUGGCCAAGGACUUCGUCGACGGCUUGCUGAAGGUGGAGCCGACCGAGCGACUCUCGGCUGCCCAGGCACUGCGUCACCCUUGGGUGGCGUGCGCCGUGUCGCCCUCCUCCGUCUCGUCCUCGACGUCCGCCACGGACGGUCACGCCGCCGCGUCCGCCGCCGCCGCCGCCACCGCCGCGGUCGACCCCUCGCCCGCGGGCGGCUGCCGUCCAGCGGCGUCGUCCGCGUCGUCCGCGUCGUCCCACCGCAACCUGCAGCGCUCCAUCUCGCAGAACCUCGCGCAGAGGCGCGCCGCCGGCUCGCGGGCUCAGAGCUCGCGGUCCGUGGCGUCGGGACGGUCUCGGGGCGGCGGCGGGGUCACGAUGACGGGUCGACACCACCACUCGCGAUACGUACAGCAGCAGCAGCAGGAGGUGGAGCAAUAUUGAUUGGACACUCUGGCGUCGGGCAUUCGUGGCGACGGGCAACAGCACCGGGAAAAGCAGCGACAGCAGCAGCAACAAUAACAACAACAAUAACAGCAACAACAGCAGCAACAACAAUAACAGCAACAAGAAUAACAACCACAACAGCAG